AUGGAUGAGAUAGUACUAGUUGUUCAAACAAAAGGCAGAAAACGGAAAUGUGCUGGCUUGGAGAGGAGAAUCAAUUCUCGGUCUUCAAUUACGGGCGAAAUAAACUUGGCUCACGAGAUUCCGGCGCCUCGUCCUCAGAAAAGGAGAGGGGCAAUAAUUCGGGAAAAUGCUGGGCUAGCACUUUCCGAACCAGCUUCCGAGGGCCCAGACACAGCUCAGCAGCCCGAGAGAACAUUCGCUCCAACGAAAUACGAAGACGGAAAGAACAAGGGAGACACCGGCGAGCCGAAACCCAAGAAAAGGAGGAGAAAGAAGAAAGUCCAAUCUCCAGUUGUCUAUAAUAUUCCAGACGUGGUAAGGAAAGAAACUACAUUCAGAGGUCGUCUUGGAUAUGCUUGCCUCAACACUGUCCUACGCGCUCGGAAGCCCGAUCCAGUCUUCUGCUCGCGCACAUGUCGAAUAGAGACGAUAGAGAAGAAUGGGAUGCAGUUCGUAUUUGAUCUCGCCUUGCAAAACGUCAGGGAUCUGGGGAAGCUUAUCGAGUGGAAUGAAGCAAAUAAUAUUAAGUUUAUGAGGGUUUCUUCAGAGAUGUUCCCUUUUGCAAGCCAUCCAAAAUACGGAUACGAUCUCUCGUUCGCAGACGAGGAGCUGAAGGUUCUUGGACGAAUGGCAAAUUCGCUUGGACACCGCCUCACCACACAUCCGGGACAGUUUACGCAAUUGGGGAGUCCCAAGGAAGGCGUCGUUACCCAAUCUGUAAACGAGCUGGAGUACCAUUGCGAGAUGAUAGAUCGGAUGGAGUUAGGUGUAGAUAGUGUCAUGAUUAUCCAUAUGGGAGGUGUGUACGGAGAUAAGCAAGCCACGCUCGAGAGGUUCAAGCACAGCUACGGAACCCGGCUUAGCGAUCGGAUUAAAUCUCGACUGGUACUGGAGAAUGACGAAAUUUGCUAUAAUCUCGACGACCUCAUUCCCGUCUGCGACGAACUCAAUAUUCCCAUCGUGGUGGACUAUCACCAUGAUUGGAUCAAUCCUUCGACCCGGCCGGUCACGGAACUUAUCCCAAUCGUGAAUCAAAUUUGGCAGCGGAAAGGUAUCAAGGUCAAACAGCAUCACAGCGAACCUCGCCCUGGCGCUGAAUCGGUCAUGGAGAAGAGAGCACAUGCGGAUCGCUGUAAGAGUUUACCGGAAGGACUACCUGAUGAUGUGGAUCUCAUGAUUGAGGCAAAAGACAAGGAGCAGGCGGUAUUUGAGCUGUAUCGGGUAUAUAAUAUCUCGCCGGUGAUACAUGAGAACCUGAGGCCACCUAAUCCCGCACCAAUGCUUGCGACAGCUGGGAGAAAAUCCAGUGCCAAACAAAGGUAUGUCACCUCAACCUUGGACUCUGCACUGGUUGAGUGA